AUGUGCGUGGGCACUUCGGACCAGCCCCAAGGGAUCAUCCUAACUUGUCCGCAGCAUGUACAUCCCAAGGUAAGCCCACGGGACAGCAGCACGUUCAUUCUUCGUGGGAUGUGUAUUGCGCGCGGUGAACGAGUCGGCAACUUGUCCCACCACGUCUACGACAACGCCUAUUUGAUCGUCUUCAGGAAGACCGCACCGCUGCGGAGGAUGAACUCCGACGCAAUGGGUUUGUCUUAUGUUCCGUUUGCCAAGUGCAUCUCUGGGCUAGAAAUACGCGGUGGUAUUUUGAAGCGAGACGACUUCUGCGGCCGGGAGUACGUCAACAUUCUAAGAAACUGGUAUGCGGCAGCUGAAGGCAAUCGACCUGCACGAGAGCCGAUCCGCAGAAACAGCCGACCGUGGUGCUCAUCUCCACGCCUGAUUCGAAUUACUCAGUCAAAAGCCACAAGGGCAAUUGGCCUCACCGACAGUUAG